CCAACGCUUCCUGUUACUAUUCUGUUACACUUCCAUGUUUUUCGCCUCAAACAGCGACCGUGACGUAAACCACGACGGUGGAGAUUCUCACCGUAUAAAGUUAGCUUUACGGUCCCCGUCGCUUAGCAACAGCUUUGCGGAAGCGCUGACCCCGAGGAGCACGAGUAGUAGAAGGAGGAGAAGGAGGAGGAGGAGGGCACAAACAUGGCCAACUGCGUGGCUUUCCAGAACAAGUUAACCUCGAUCAUGGAGAUGCUGGCUAAAGCCGCCGUGCUGGAGAUCGGGAAGCUGUGGGAGGACGGCUUCGCCCUCGUCCAGGUCGAGCUCCGCCGGAGGGAGAGCGAGAUCGAGGCCCUGAACCGGAAGCUGGUGUUGAUGGAGAGCGAGAGGUCCACGGUGCUGUCCUCCAGGAGAGAGCUGCAGAACAGGCUGCUGCAGCCCGCAGGGGAUGGGCCCAUUAUAGAUUCAGUCCAGACGUUGUCAUUGGAUCAGAGCGUCAGAGAGAAGGCGGACACCUCAGCGAAUCACAGAACACCGCCUCCAUCACAGACGGAGGAGAAACAAUGCGAGCAGCUCAAAUCUGACGUCUGCGAAAGCGACUGCAGGGAGGACGACGAAGACUUUAUAGUGAAGCUAGAGGACGAGGACGACGUCCAGAUCGUGGAGCAGAUCGUGGACUCUGUCGAUCAGGGCAUCGUCGACGGAUCGGGUCACCAUGAGAUGGAACUGGACCUCCAACCUGCCGAGGUUGCGGAAGAACAAGAGAGCCAGCACUGGUCGUCGGUUUCAGUGGGAGACAGCGACACUGCUGAUGACUCGGACUGCUUUUUUGAACCGAAGCAGAUGUCGCAAAAUCUGGACUCAGAAAUCCUGCUCAUCCAGAAUGCUUUGGACAUUUUUGACAAUUCAGCAGAGGCGGCGUACUCGGACAGGUGUGUGAGGGACAACGGACCCGGGGCAUCGAGUAAAUCAAGAGCUCCUGUGACUUUUAACCAAGCUCAGCCGAGUCAGCCUAUAGACGCAAUAAAUCCCCCAGAGAGGAGUGUCCAUCAGAUUCCUCUCGGAGAAACAACCACACACUAAAAGCACGUCCGCUUUUAACCCCGACAGCAGAUUCUUUCUUUUAAACGACCCCGAGUUGCACAAAACGAUAGCGAACCGCCGCAUAAAGGAGAAGUGGUUCAUCUGCCCGUUCUGCGGCAAGAGCUUCGAUCGCGUCAGCCACCUGGAGAUUCACCAGCGGAUUCACACGGGAGAGAAACCGUACACGUGCGAAACGUGCGGAAAGUGUUUCUCUCAGAGGAGCAACCUUCGCACUCACCAGCGGACUCACAAAGAGGCACUUUCCCAAAAUGCAGUUUGAUUCAGUAGAUUUUUGAAGAGUGAAAAUAUCUGUGUGUUUAGGUGAACUAACAAAUUCUCUUUAUAUUUUAAUAUUACUUACAAGUAACGUAGCCGACUGAUUUUACUGUGCACUUCUAACUUUUUGUUUUUGAGAUUAACUUAAAACUUUAACAUAGCUUGCAGUGUAAGGACUAAUUUUGGUAUUAAGUGCUGUUUGUAUACCGGCAGCCAGUUAAAAACAAAAACAUGUUGGGACAUCAAUCCCCAUUGACAUGGCUGAAUAUGGACUUUUACAGGUUACACAUAAGGACAUGAAUUGCAAACAUCUGUGUGUAUGAUGACUGGAGACCCUCUGAUAUCCCUUAACAUAACCAUUUUCCCAUCUGUUGUCCAUUAUCAGGCUCACAGAGAAUAUCGAACCAACAGAUAGAAAGAUAAAGAUGAAAACUUUUGGAAAUUCUGAAGAAGACAACCACACUGCUUAGAGAUUGAGACUGAACGCACACCAGUCUUUGUGUGUUGUCUUUGUAAAACUGCUGAAACAUCAAGUUUGGUCACAUGUACAUUUCUUUUAAUGUAAAUUCGGCGACUUUGGCAAUUUCUCAUAAUUGUGUAAAGUCAUGGACGGCCUUUAUAAAGAGCCUUGCUGGUUUUCGACCACUCAAAGCACUUGACACUACAUUUACAUUUACCCCAUUCACACACACAUACACAUCAGGAUCUAAUCUCAUGCUCAUUCACUCAUUGAUUGCUCAGCAAUUUUUGGGUUUUGGUAUUUUGCCCAAGGCCACUUCGACAUGCCGAGUGGAGAAGCCUGGGAUUGAACUGCCGAUUACAAGUCGACUCGCUUUACCUCCGGAGCCAAAGCUGGCCCACCAUAUUUAUCUAAGGCUAACAAAGACAGGAAAGUAAGCGCUCAUCAAAGCACUUUAAGAAUUCAACCUUGCAUGCUGGGAGAUGUAGGGCUUCCUGCAGGUGUAGCAGUCCACGGUCUCCUCCAGUCAUCCGUGCCUGGUUCCCCCUCCUCCCCAUAUAUCCGCUUUAAGUGAAGGAGCAGUAUCUUAAAGGAAUAGUUCGCCAUUUCGGGAAAUAUGCCUAUUUGCUUUCCUGAAGAGAGUUAGAUGAGAAGAUUGAUACCACUCUCAUAUCUGUUUGGUAAAUAUGAAUGUACAGCCAGCAGCCAAUUAGCUUAUCUUAGCUCAGCAUAAAGACUUGAAACAGAGGGAAACCGCACCUCAAACGCUCACCAAUUAACACUUUAUAUCUCGGCUGAGGACAUGAGAGUGGUAUUUAUCUCAUCUUACUCUUAAAAAGAAAGUGAAUAAGCAUAUUUAAGGAAAAGUCGCUGUAAUCGUUUCAUACAGAGGGUUCUUUAAAAUGACUGAACUCAACAGCCUGUCGCACAGAGAGAGACCAGCCACCCUGUGAAAAUCCAGUUUUUCUACUGGUAUCCACAAUCUCAAUUAUUUCCGUCAUUACCAAGCAAAUGAGGAUGUGAACGUCAGAACAAGAAUAAACCAGGCAAUGUAAUUUAAAUACCAUGUUACUGCAGCAGCUGUGAUCAGUGAUGCCCUUUAUCCUCAUGUGUAUGAGGCGAUUCAAGCUUGAUUGUCCCAGGUUAUAAUAAAAAAAAACAAUGACUUGUAUGCUGUACUUUUAUGAAUAAACAUUUUAAUAUUUACAUGGCAGUUUUUUUUUUUUUACAGUUCCAUAGAAAAACACUGAAUUCAUAUAAACAAUUUACACAACGACACUCAUACACACACACACACACACACACACAGCUGACUGUGCGUUGAUGCAGAACGUUGCUUUACAGUUCAUCUUCUGCAUGUUUCGGUCCAGUCUGUUCAUCGAUGUGCACUGAUGAUGGUUUAAACACAGUCAUGGAAACCAGUUCGAUGUGUGUGUAACCAUGAACUUCCACCAGUUUACUUUGUCCAUGUUUGUGUUCAGGUGCCUUCUUGACCUUUUUGUAGUUGCUGGUGGCUGUUUGAUGACAAAAUCAUUAACACAAAGUAUCUCCUCAUAGCUCUUGCUUAUAUAUAUCAUACAUACACACACAAAUGCACACACACUUUCUCCUUAUCCACAGGUGCGUUCAAGCUGAAAAUAUCAAAUAUUAUAGUACAGUUUACUCUUAACUUGGCCAGACAUUUGGAUUGUAGAAAUUGUGUCUUUGUCCCCAUAUGAUCCUCCCUGAAUGUUUUGAUGUAAACAUGGUACCUGAUGCUGUUUGUCAGGAUUCAUCCGUGCUCUCCCUUUGUCUAUUUAAAAUGUGUGCAACUCACCGAAGCAGUGGGUGCAAGAUUUUGGCUCUGCAGAUAAAAGAGUAAACAUUAUGUAACAGGAACCUUUAUUCCUUGCACGUUCAACAAGAGAAAGAUUUCAUUUACUCUCCAUGUUGGUUUGUGGAAGGCAGAACUCGUUGGUCGCCUACUGUAAUUCUUUAUUUGCUAAAUAAUCGGGAUCAAAAGCUUCCCAAAAAUGUAGCACCUUGCCAUCUCUGGUUCAUGUUUGGCUUGGGACUUUUGCUGCAUGACAUUCACUCACUCUCUCUCUCUCUCUCUCA